AUGUCCACAUGGCGUCCGAGUGGUGGCCUGCCGAUGCGCGGAUCACUGGCAGAGGGCAGACGGCCGAGCUCCAUUGCUUCGAAAGUUAUGUCGCGCGCCCAAGCAAGCGUGCAAACAAGCUAUGCAGGUGCCGGGGCUGGGGCUGGGAACCAAACCCAGACUAAUGACAGAGCAGCAGCGGCCGUUCAUCUGACGGUGUCCUCGAUCGGAUCUGCGAUGAGCCUCGAAGGACUCUGCACUCUGCAGCACUGCAGCCCCUUCCGACAGCCUGACCAGCCCAGUCGACCCUCCCGACGCCAUGAUCCAGUUCAUCGUCGUGGCCCAGUAUCGAUUAUCGAAGACCAUCGAAAGGACCGGCAACCCGCUUCCACGCCGCCAUGCCCUUGCUCCACCCUGCCUGCUAGACUCGUGCGCCGCGGCACCGGGCAUCAGUCAACACCCACUGAUAUGAAGACAGAUGUGUGGCGCAUCACUGGCACGUCCUUGCUCCGCCACCGUCUUGGGUUACAGUUGAUUUCACGGCAGCAGAGCUACAGACUAGGAGCGGCCUACUACACGCAUACCAGGUCCACGUCGCCCAUGCGACUCUGUGAGACUCCCAAAGCGCCUGACCAAGAGCCCGAGAGACCUCCAUGUCUGACGCUUGCAUGGUCACCAUCUGCUCGAUCACAAAGUCCCGCGACUGGACCGGCGAGGCCACGACAGGCGAGUCAAGAAUCGAGCCAGAGACUGAUCGGCACGCGCUAG